AUGGUUGGAAAGGAAAGAGUGACAGCAGCAACUCAAUCGACAUUGAUAAGUCUAUCUCGAGUGAAAGAAGAGGAUCCCAUUGUUGUGAAAGUGCAAGGGCAGACGCAAGCCAAUACGCUUAACUAUUGGAUGGGCCGAAACACGCCGCUGCGUUUUCUGAUGCGUGAUUACUGCGAGAGGACUGGUGCUGUUUUCAAAUAUACGACGUUCCAUGUAGAUGGUUUACGUAUAGCAUCUACCAAAACUCCCCAUGAUUUGGGGAUGGAAGACGGUGAUAUCAUCGAUGCAAAUUCCAACCAGUCUGGUGGCUGA